AUGGCCGCCUAUACUGCCGGAGCACAUCCAAUGCCGCAUGCUUUGCCUCAACCAGACCAAAUGCGCCACGAUGUCAGCUAUGAUGGCCAGCCUCCCAAGCGCAGAGGUCCGAAACCAGAUAGCAAGCCAGCGCUCACGCGAAGACAAGAACUCAAUCGACAAGCGCAGAGAACUCAUCGCGAGCGAAAAGAGAUGUACAUCAAAGCUCUCGAGCAGGAAGUGCUUCGACUCAAAGAGAUGUUCGCUCAAUCAGAACGCGAGCGGAACGCUUUUGCAGAGGAGAACCGUCGAUUAAAAGAGCUUCUCAUGCAGCACGGAAUUUCCUACGAUUUCGCCGCAUCACCGAUCAAGUUCACCCGAGAGAACAGUGGUGGUGGUUAUGGCGCAAGUUCCAGUGGUAGCAUUUCAGGAAGCUAUCGUGGCGCCUCCGAGAGCACAGGCUUCAGCCCCCCUCCCCCUACCGUGCCUGGACAGAUGCCCAUGCCACAGGGCAUACAGAACAUGCAAGCCGGUAUGGUACGAAACAUGGCACAGAUGCCCAGUAACAGACUGGACUACGACUCAAUCGGCAUUGACUUUGUCUUGACGCUUGAGCGGCCAUGCAUGGACCACAUGCAGUUUCUUAUGGUCCGCUCCUACAAUCCUGAUGGAAAGGAGUUCAACCAUCCCAUGGAGAAUCCCGACGACACCGAGCAUGAUCAUAUGUCAGGACAUGCCUUGAUGGCAACAGCAGCACCAUAUUCCCACAUCAUGCACAAGCCUACCGAAAAGUAUCCUCAUCAAAUGCCCGAAGACCUGGAUAACCCGACUCUUGUCAAGUUGCUCGACCUCAGCAAUCGCCUCCCUCUUGAUCAUCAGGGCGAAAUAACGCCUGUCAUGGCCUGGAAGCUGAUAUAUCUGAAUGAAAGAGUCCGAGACCUGAGCAAAUUCGACUUUGACCGGAUGAAGACCGACUUGGCCACCAAGGUCAGAUGUUAUGGCUUUGGUGCCGUCCUAGAAGAAUUCGAGGUCCGUGACGCCCUCGAUGGCAUACUUGCAGAAAAGGACGGUCAAAUGAUGCCCGCGUUGGAUCAAAAGAUGGCAGCGCAACAGAUCUCGGUCCAUUAGUUGUCUUCGAUGACAUCGACUUCCAUCUAUUAGAGCGGAGAGCAAUCUCGAACAGACAUUGGACAUAUUACGACGUAUGCAUAUUAUCAUUAUCUAAUGACGAGCUUUCGUUUUGAGUAGAUGGAAAAAAUCUUUCAUCCACUCCAAUUCUGAUACCGACAAUCACAACCACCUGACCCGCCGUCGAUGCCCGAAUCCGUCUGAUCUUUGCCACGCUUUUGAACGCCGGCGCCGUCGCUGCCAGGUAUUGCGGCAGCGUUGAUCAAUGAAGAGCCUCUGUCUUCGGCCAUCCAUGUCUUGACAUUGCUCGUGACACGAUGCUCUUCAUCAAGACCAUAGCAAUAUACGCCCUUUUCAUCCGCGAUGCCGCCGUGACGGUCAAUCGUGAUGGUGAUUGGCAGUGGGAAAGACCCGGGAGCACUCAUUUCAUUCGCUGAUGAGCUGCUAGCCACGACGUCUGAGCCAGUGUCGUUCAACGACGUGACUGUGCCUUUCCUAGUCCAGAUCUGCACGAGCAGUCUCGUUUGAGAAAACGUACAGACGGCAGAAGCGUUGCUGAGCGCCACGUUGCUGGUGAUGAUACUGGUGGUGGUACUGGUGUUGUGGACUUGAGAUAUGUUUGUCGAGCCGCUCGUGUAGAUGGUGCGAUCGAAGUAGGAAUAGAAACCAUAGUGCUCGGUAGCUUGGCCGCGAUUGUAAAGUCGUAAGGGCUGGGCCGACACGAGUGGAUAUAAAAUCUGUCCGGUCGGCUCUCCGUUCGCUUUCGUGGCAGCAGACGGGAUCUCCUUUGCUGCGGACGUCGACGC